ACGCACUUGAACACGACGAAGUAGAGGCGCGAAAUGCAUUAAACUUCACUGAUAAACCGACAACACUUUGGCGUUUGCGACAACAUCGAAUAUUGCAAGCCAUAGAAUUCAUCCAUCUCCUCCGGCACACCAAUGCAUUAUGUUAUCUCACGUAAUCGCGAGGUAUCGCCCCUAAUGGAGAGAAUGUUUGCCUAGAGUAUACGUUAUAAAAGUAAUUAGCGGAGAGGUACCAGGGCUGCACAGACUUGAAUCCUCCAAAAGAAGUUGUGUUUUCGCGUUGAUUCAACAUGAGUGGUCGAGCAUGGUUUCGGCCACAUUCCUCGGUCGGACUACAUCCAGGUAGAGGGCGUCCGGUCGAAGUAUUACAAGGCGAUUCGGACGUGAGCAGUGUUAACUCUGAAGUCAUACUUGAUCAGCAAGAAUCUUCUAGACCUAUGGGACCUUUUGUUGUGAACCCAGUUUUCACGAACGUAAAGCAGCCACUCGGGGUAGUCGAUGUUCCUCGGAUGGAGCUGGCGAAAGGGUGGCAAAAAGACGAAGGCGAUCUGUGGUAUAAGGUCCAAAUUGCCAGAGAGAAACGCAAAGUCUGUCUUCUCUUUGGGAUCAUCGUUGUUGUGUGCUUGGGGUCAUUGCUUCUUACUGUGCUGGUGAUUGCUGGCAAGCUUAAGGGAGCAUGCAAAUGCCCCGAUCUUGCAGGCACCGGUUCAGCGCUGCAAGGCGAGUCAAGGACCGAAGACAAGCUCAAAGCUCUAGAGAGAAAUGCAAGUCGGUUUAAGGAAAUUGGUAUCAGACAAGAAUCUAAGAUUUUGAGCAUGGAUCUGAAGCUACGUGAGCUUAUGUCCAAAUAUGAUGGACUGGGGCAAAUGAUACAAAGGCGGUCUACUGAGCUGGAAGCAACAAUCCAAUCCAACCAGAAACUUCUGAACGACGUCACAUCGUUCGUACAAGGCUUACAAAAGGGCCAGAAUAAUCAGACUAUUGGUGACACUCUGACUGCUCUCAACUCCACUCUAUGGAAAAAGAUUGAGUCUAUCAGCCUAAACGGCACACGUGGGCCCCAAGGCAUCCAGGGACCAAUGGGAAUGAAUGGUUCCAAAGGAGUACCCGGGCCACAAGGGCCCCAGGGCUUGGAAGGACCUCCAGGAGCGUCUAAUUUUAGCAUGUGCCAGCAUGAGAUGAUC